AUGGAAACUAGAAAUCAAACAGAUGUUUCUGAAUUCCUUCUUCUGGGAUUGACAGAUGAUCCAGAACUACAACCCUUCAUCUUCCUCCUGUUCCUGUCCAUGUACCUGGUCACUGUCCUGGGAAACCUGCUCAUCAUCCUGGCUGUCAGCUCUGACUCCCACCUCCACACCCCCAUGUACUUCUUCCUCUCCAACCUGUCCUUCACUGACAUCUGUAUAAGCACAACUACAAUGCCCAAAAUGCUGGUAAACAUCCAAGCACACAAUCAGAGCAUCACUUACAGAGGUUGCCUUAUCCAGAUAUGUUUUGCCCUAGUUUUUGCCAGUUUGGAAAAUUUCCUCCUUGCUGUCAUGGCCUAUGACCGCUAUGUGGCCAUCUGUUACCCCUUAAGGUACACAGUCAUCAUGAACCCCCAGCUCUGUGUUCUGCUGAUUCUCCCCUCACUAUUCAUUAGUGCUGUGAUUGGCCUGAUCCAUAGUCUGAUGGCAUUGCGGCUGUCCUUCUGCAAGAACCUGGAAAUCCCUCACUUCUUCUGUGAACUCCCUCAGGUCAUCAAGCUGGCUUGUUCUGAUACCCUCAUCAACAACAUCCUGAUAUAUUCUGUGGCUGGUCUAUUUGGUGGUGUUCCUCUCUCUGGAAUCAUUUUCUCUUAUAUUCAAAUUGUCUCCUCUGUUUUGAGAAUGCCAUCAUCAGGGGCAAAGCUUAAAGCCUUUUCCACUUGUGGGUCUCACCUCUUAGUUGUAUCUUUAUUCUAUAUGACAGGUUUUGGGGUUUACAUUAGUUUUAUUGUUAAUGACUCAUCCAAGAAGUCUGCAGUGGCUUCAGUUAUGUACCUUGUGGUUCCACAAAUGAUGAACCCUUUUAUCUACAGCCUGAGAAACAGGGACAUGAAGGGAGCCUUGAGAAAACUCACCAGUGGGUUAUAUUCUUUCCUGUGUUUGUAUGAUGAGGCAAAAUGA